AUCAGCUAUCAUGGGAAACCUGCACGUUAUCUUCGUCAGAACAAUCGAAAUGAAAACCUCGUCCGUCGCGUUUUCAUAGCGAACGCCGGUGGGGCGUAGCUUGGCCUCUAAGGGGAGCCGCAAGCUGGAUACUCUCGCUCGCUGUCGAUGAGACCGAUGAACAUGGCCAUGAAGCACUUCUUGGUCGUCGCCGCCCUGUUGAUGCUUGCGGUGCUUGUUAUUCUACCAACCUGCCAGGCUGACUGCGACGCAAAGCCAAAGAAGAAAGUCAAACCCAAGCCUUUUCCAAACCUUAUGAAAAAUUACAGAGGCGGAUGGAAACUUACGGCAGAAAUCAGCGAUGCCAGUGAGAAUACGACGUUUUACCUGAUCGAGUAUUACGACACGAAAGCACAGGAGCGAUUUCUCAGGUUCAAGCAAGACGGCGGAGACGACAUCAACCUCUACUACAUUGCGCGCACCAGGGAACUGUUCGUCUACCGGAGUAAGCGACGGCGAAAGUGAAGCAGUAUCUUUAUA